AGAUACAUAACCGAAACCGAUGCCGCCCAUCUCCAGUUCCUCGGUACUGGUGCUGGUCAGUCUCCGAAUAAAUUUUACAUAUGCAGCCAUUGUGUCGGUUAUGUUUCUGAUGAACCAGGCACCCCGCGUGGUUAUGGCCUCGAAUAUAACCUAUGUGGCUCCUCCAGCUGCCAAAUCGUCGUCGGAGGGAGGUGGUUUGGUGAAGGGGGUGGUGACCUAUAUGGUCAUGGACGAUUUGACGAUCAAGCCUAUGUGUACCAUCUCCAGCAUUACUAUGCUCAAUAAGUUUAAUGUUAAGGAGGUGGGUGCUUUGGAAGAGAAGCUUGUUACUCUGGGAAUGAAUGAGGGUGUGAAGUUGCUCAAGACUUCUGUGCAGAGCAAGAAGGUUCUCACAGAUGUCUUCAUUUAAUUAGUUGAAGAA